AAAAGUUCGACCUCACUUUCUGCGGUCUCGGGAAAAGCCAACGAACUUCCCUCUUUUCCCAUAUCCUCAAUCGUCGGUUUCUUUUUCGUCAUUCCCUCGCAACAAUGGCGAUCAAGCACAACCAGCAGCUCCCCAACAACCACUUCCACAAGGACUGGCAGCGCCGCGUCCGCGUGCACUUUGACCAGGCCGGCCGCAAGUCUCGACGCCGCGCCGCCCGUCUGGCCAAAGCCGCUGCCGUUGCCCCCAGACCCGUCGACAAACUCAGACCCGUCGUGAGGUGUCCUACGAUCAAGUACAACCGCCGCGCCAGGGCCGGUCGGGGUUUCACCCUGAUGGAGUUGAAGGAAGCCGGCAUCCCCCGCAAACUCGCGCCCACGAUCGGCAUCGCCGUCGACGCCCGCCGCCUGGACACCAACCAAGAGACGCUGACGCUCAACGUGUCGCGGCUCAAGGCGUACAAGGCGCGCCUGAUCCUGUUCCCGCGCAAGUCCGGCCAGCACAAGAAGCUGGACUCGUCCGAGGGUGACGUGAAGAUGGCGACCGAGUCGGCGGAGAAGAAGGACGGCAAGCUCGUCACGUCGCUGCGAGCCCUCAUGGCCGUCGACGCCGGCGUCGGCCUCAAGCACGGGUUCCAGGAGGUCAAGAAGGGAGACAUGCCCGAGGGCGAGGAGGCCGCAUACCGGAAGCUGAGGCAGGCGCGCAGCGAGGCCCGCUUCGUCGGCGUGCGCGAGAAGAGGGCCAAGGCCAAGGAGGAGGCCGAGGAGGCCAAGAAGAAAUAAACCACCCUAAAAACCCCAACCACAAACAUGUCCCGCCCACUACUCCUCCUCCCCCGGCCAAAUGUCAACACGCCCACAACGGACGACAGUUGCCGGACUCGAGGAAUCAAGUUUCUCCAAGGGAACGCUGGUGUGGUUUUCGAUAUGAGCUUACGGUUAGAGAAAGGGCAGAGAGAGAGAGUGAGUGGAGGAGAACAUGGAGCUGGGAAGGAAGCAAGCAAGCAAGCAUGAUAUCCAUCCACGAGGCUCUGGCAUGAGACGAACGGGUUGUGUGCAGGUGUGUUGAAUGUGCAAAAACGGAGCAGUGCAAAAGCAGAUCAUGCAUGUCAUGUCCUUCCCCCCCUUUUUUUUUCCGCGCGAGGGAAGGAUUCGGAAGCAGUCGUUGUCGUCGUGUGCCACACCACGGCGAGGUUUUUCCUACUUCCUUUCCACCACCUUUGCAUGGCUUGCAAGAUCCGAGGAUGGGAUGGAGGGCUGCGCAUCAGGGCAUGGCAUAGAAAAAUGAAACAAUGAAAAAAACAUUCAGAGAUGGCAGCAAAUGCAAUGAAACCCACCUAAUCAUGAGGCCCUGGCUCCUAGCCAUGCGCAGUUCCACUUCCACUUCAAAUCGUCCCACCAACGUGCUUCGAAUUAAUCCUUCAGGACCAAAAAUAAGAAAAGUAACGUAUCAUCAAUGAAAUCGAUGUCUACAUGGGGUCCAAUGG